AUGAUGUCAGCUCACGAAGAAGAAUAUAUGGACACAGAUGUUCCAUGGUAUUGGUAUUACCUGGCAGACUGUGGGGCAUAUCACAAAUUUCAGGAUGACCCUGAAAUUCAUCUAUGGAGUGAGAUUAUAGAGCAUGGUUACAUGAUAAACUCGAAAUUAUCUUUUAAUAUAACACCAAGAAUGAAUAUUGAUUUCUCCGAAAUGCUGUGGACUGACGUCGCCACAGGAAGACAAAGAAAAAUCAAACAUUUCAACGACAUUGAGAAAAGGUGCUCUUGUUUCAAUGAACCGCCCGUCUUCUGGGAAAAUUUUGAUUCUACACGUUCAUACCAGUUAAUCCCACUGAAUAAAUCCACUCUCGAGUACCAGACCGUUGAAAAUUAUGUGAAGCGUGAUGGACUCCUGAACAAAUCCAUUAUAUCAAUAUUAAGGAUUCAGAACUUUUAUCUCUUUCAAAUAUAUUGCAGUAAAAAGGAACUACUAAAGAGGAUUCAAGGCUUAAAAUAUAUUCCAGAGAAACUACUCUUCCAUGGGACUGACCCAGAGAACGUAGAUAGUAUUUGUGAAAAUAACUUUGAUUUACGACUAGCGGGAAAGCAUGGCAGCGUGUGUGGCAAAGGAAUUUAUUUUGCCAUUCAUGCAUCAUACGCAGACGGAUACAGUAAGAGCAGAUUAGUUCAAUUAGAUGAUGGAGGAAGAGUAUUCCACAAACAGAUUAAAAUAAUGUUUUUAGCUCGGGUUAUAGUUGGAAAAUAUACUGUUGGAAAACCUGAUUUUAUAAAACCAGAUAAUGGAAGUAUUAGUUGUGUAGAUGAUAUCAAUCAUCCCAAAAUAUGUCAUAUUUGA